UCAGAGCUCUUCAAAAUCAGUUCACCUAUGUAUAAAUACGUGUUGACUGGUUGUAAAACUAAUCAUCAGGAGACAGAUGAGAGCUGUUUUUUAUCUUAAAACCACUUAAACAUGAAAGUGAUCCCUGCUCAAAUUGUUUUACAAAAUGUCUGAAAUGAGAAGAGUUCCUUAUUUUUGCUCAUGUCAAUAAUUAUUAAUGUCCUUGUCUUUUAAAAUGUGUCAAUUCCAGAAUAUUGAGUUAAAACAAUAAUGAAACAUUUGUAAGAUGAUCCAUAAAAAAAUUGAAUGUUCAGAUCAGUGCAAAUGAACAAAAAUCAUCCAAACUCUAACUGCAACAGCUAAAUACAUGCAAUCACACCAUACACUUGGUAUAGUAAAAUCACCAAAUGGAGCAACUCCAAACAAAACAGAUCAGUGUUCCCAUAAACCUCUAGAUGUGGGGAAAUGAACAUUGCGUUUUAGACCAGGAGGUGACGCUAACGGACAGGAAACAGCUGCAUCGGGAUGAUGUCUAGUGAAGAUGUGUUUUGUAAUAAUUGGGGUGAUUCCUGCAAUGUUUUCAAUUUCCAUUAUAGCUGGGAGAGAAAAAAACACUGAAACACCUCAACAAACAGAGGAAGCAUGUGAAUAUGAGCUGUGGAGCAAAAAUAAAUAGCAUAAAGUUAUAAAAUAUUCUACAAACUGUGUCUGCUUAUUCAUCCAUCCACCGUCAGGUAAACUGUUGUUUCUAUGUUUGCUAGUUUUCACAGUGAUCUCAUGUCUAAGCAGUAAUUGUUUCUGCAAAAUAAAUUACAUAUAUGAACAUUGAUACUAACGAUGAAUCGACCAGCAUCAUCGUCUGCGGACCAGAGGGAGGAGCUGCUGCAGGAAAACAAAGUGAUAAAAAAGAGUUUCAUUUUCAGCAUAAAUGCACAACUAAUUUCUUGUAAUGUUUCUCAUUGUUCAGUCAGGAAUGAGUUUUUUUAGACUCUACCAGCAAUGUCAAUCACACACACACACACACACACACACACACACACACACACCCACACACACACACACAGCCUGACUGACAUUGUCAGAUUAGUGACAAGAUGAAUGCUGAUGGACAUCUUGUAUUCAUAGUGUGGGUAGUUGUACAAAAAAAAUACUUUUUCAAUUUUUGUUUUGCAAAAGUCAGUCUAGACCUGAUUCAUGUCAAAUACAAGUGUAUCAUAACGGUCUACAAAGCACAUAAAGGUAAUCAUAUAAAAACCCUCAAACACCGUUUAUAGCAAAUAACUGGUGACUGAAACCAUUUUUGAUCAUCUUAACUAAAACAGACCAGUGCCCUACACAGUCAUGCUUUCAACGCAGUCCUUGAGCACAUUUGUCAAAACAGCAUCUUACAGAAUGGCGGUGACAUUUAUGGUGUUAGUGCUCAAACAAGCCGAUCUGUUGCUGUGAUUGGUUCUGAUUCAAAGUGGACCCAGAAAAGCCUGGGCACGUCUUCACAGAGUUGUCAUCACUGUUUCAAACAAACCCGGAACAAAAUGAAAAUAUUGGAUUUUGGAAAGCUUAUUUUUAAUCAAAUUUAUUGACUUGAUUAAUGGUUUGGCAACUUUUUUUAUGUCAGUCAGCAGGUUUUUGCUCAUUUGAGAUCAAAGUAUAAUGUCUACUGAAAUUACUAAUAAAACAAUGACUGCAUUUGUAUAUUUAAUUGUAUUUAAAUACUUUAUUUGCUUUACUCUGAAUCCCUUUAAGUCAACAUUAGCUGUUUGUUGCAGGCAGGAAGAACCAGAGUUACUGGUUCAUUGGUGUGAUGAGAGUUGUUUUGGGAGGAACUUCUAACAAGGGCCUUUGUGUGCACGAAGAAGAAUCUGUUUCCAGACGGCAGUCUGCUCACCUGGUGAAGACUCUUCAUCUGCAAAGAACCAUGGCCUCUGUGUUGUCUGAGGAGCAGUUUCUGUGUGCCAUCUGCCUGGACAGCUUCACCAACCCCGUGUCCAUUCCAUGUGGCCACAAUUACUGCCUGGAGUGCAUCAACCACCACUGGGACACAGGAAGUAAUUUAGAUUGUCCACUAUGCAAGGAGGUCUUCCAUAACCGUCCACAACUCAGGGUAAACGUUGGCUUAAAGGACAUCACCGAGCAUUUUAAAAGGUCUCUGAAGAAAAGAGCAGGAAGUCGGCCGGUGCCAGCAAAGAGAAGCGUGUCAAAGCAGUACUCCAAAUCUGACGACAUACCUUGUGACAUCUGCAACGAAAACAAGAUAAAAGCCGUCAAGUCGUGCCUCGUCUGCCAAGCGUCUUAUUGUGAAACACACCUGAUGCCUCACUUGAGGGAUUCUGUGAUGACGAAGCACAGGCUGACGGACCCGGCCACCUUCAGCACACGUCAUCUCUGCAGGAACCACAACAAGCCCCUGGAAAUGUUCUGCAAGAAGGACCAGACGCCGAUUUGUUCAAAAUGCACCGAGACGGACCACAAACACCAUGAGGUCAUCCCCAUGGAGAAGGAGAGCAGGAGGAUCAAGAUGGACAUGAAGAAGAUUCAAGCAGACGUUCAACAGAUGAUCUUGUUCAGGGUCAAAAAGAGCGAAGAGAUCAAGAAAUCCAAGGAACUGGACAGAAUGAGUAAAGAACGGCAGAUACAGACGAGUGUGCAGCUUGUUACAAUGGCGAUAAGCACCAUUGAGAGAAACCAAGCUGUGCUGGUGGAGGGGAUCGAAGCGAAGAAUGAAGCAGCCGAAAGACGAGCGGAGGAGCUCCUGGAGGAGCUCGAGACGGAGAUCUGUGAACUGCAGAGGAGACGCAGUGAGCUGGACUUCCUGGAGAACAUCAGAGACCCUCUGCAUCUUCUGCAGAGCUUCUCGUCCUUGAGCGCUCCAGUGUCUUCAAGAGACUGGUCAGAGAUCAGUGUCGACCAGGACUUUUGUACAAAAACCAUGAGAGAGUCCUUUUCCAAGCUGUUGGAAAUAUGCCGUGAAUUUGAACAGAAUCUAUGUGCUGAAGAAAUAAGCAUGCUGAGAAAAUAUGCAGUGGAUGUGACUUUGGAUCCUAAGACGGCUUCUGGGUGGCUGGUUUUAUCCUCAGAUGGUAAAAAGGUGAGCGUGAGCUCCCAGAAUAGAAGACCCUCGCUGCUGAAUGACCCCCACAGCUUUGACUCCUGUGUUGCUGUUUUGGGGAAGCAAAGCUUCACCUCUGGGAAACGGUUCUGGGAGGUUAAGGUUGGAGAUAAGACAGACUGGGAUCUCGGAGUAGCCAGGGAGUCCAUCAACAGGAAGGGCUCCAUCACCGUUCGUCCUGACAAUGGUUACUGGGCAAUCUGUAGAAGAAACGGUGAGAGUCUUCGUGCCUGUGCCGGACCCUCUGUGACCCUUAACCUCUACACAUCUCCUCAGAGAGUUGGCAUACUGCUGGACUACAAAGAAAGAUCAGUGACUUUCUACAACACAGAAGCCAAGACCCAUAUCUACACUUACAAAGAAUGUGCCUUCACUGAGCCUCUGUACCCUUACUUUAAUCCCUGUCUCCAUGACAACGGCAAAAACACUGCACCACUGGUUAUCUGUCCAGUUGAAACUAAAGCUAACUGAAGUCUGAAAACAUGUUAUGUGACAUAAUAAGUGCUAUUGACCCUGUUCCAGAGUGAUGAACGCAUCAGGGUAAUGAUGAAGGGAUGCAUCCAUCAUGCCUAAUGUCUAUACUGUACAAGCCUGUGGGGGCAGUGUUAUGAUCUGGGGUUGCUGCAGUUGGUCAGGUCUGGUUCAGCAACAGGAAGUGCUCCAAGAAUGAGGUCAGCUGACUACCUCAGGACAAUAGAAAACAUCAAGUGUGAGGUAAGGACAAAUAAAAGUGCCUUGAUCCUCCUUUUAUCUUCCAUACCUUACAUUGUUAGUAACGAUUUUGAUCCAUUUGUUUAGUCGCUAGCCGCUGAGAUGGUUCUGAUCUGUGACCCGUCUCCAAUAAUCCGUACUGAAUUUUAAGCUUGUGUUAUUUAGAGAAACAGACAAAUACAGCAAACAGCUUCAAUCCAACCCCAGUUGAGCGUGAAGGUGUUAGCCAAAAGAAAAAGACAAAAGGUGUGACCACACCCCUCAACCCCAUCACCUCAGGUGAUAGCGCAUUAUAAAGAACACCUGUGGCCCACCACCAUAACUGGCUAAGUGUAAGUAGUGACCUUGGCUCCCACAUUGAUUACUAUUGUUUUAUGGUUUUUGUGUUUUAUUUGGUGUAUUGUAUUCCCUUUUGUGUUUCAUUGGAGCUCCGUUCACAAACAUUUUACUCUUGAGGAUUAAUAAUGUAAAUCUUAAUCUAAAUCCUAGUCAACAUCUUUUGUCUGUUAGUAAAAUAUUUCAUGAACCACUCAGGUUGACCUAUUUUUUUUAAGUUUACUUAAUGAAUGGUCAUCUACAGCUGAUUAACUUUUGCUGUUACCUAAUUCAAGAUGGCUGCCACACCUAAUGCACUCUAACAAACAGAAAAAUAGUUUCAAAUGAGUGAAUUGAACAAAUACUGAGCUAUAACUGUACUUGGUAGGAGUUGAGAAUCAUCAACAACAGAACAUAUGCUAACAGAUUGGCUUCAUACAUCCUAGACAGUCUUGGUUUGUGCGAGGCCUUUUAAUGAUGACUCCUCUCUUAAAGAAACCCAUCCUUGACGCCAGCUCCACCAGUAACUUUAGGCCCAUUUCUAAGCUACCUUUCAUCAGUAAAGUACUUGAGAAGGUUGUUGAAACUCAACUCAGAUCCUGGUUUUCUAAGUCAAAGAUCUCUGACCCCUUCCAAUCUGGCUUUCUGAAGCAGCACUCAACUGAGAUUGCUCUAGUAAGGGUGCAUAAUGACCUCCUAAUGGCUGCUGAUGCUGGGAAAUGCUCUGUCAUGGCCCUGCUUGACCUCAGUGCAGCUUUUGACACAGUAGACCACAACGUUCUACUGAACAGGUUAAAUGCCCUGGCUGGUAUCUCAGGUUCUGCUCUAGACUGGCUCUUCUCUUCUCUCACCAACAGACCAUUCGCAGUGAAGUCAGAAACCUUUUCAUCAGACACCGCUUCUCUAACCUGCGGGGUCCCACAAGGUUCAGUUCUAGGGCCUCUACUAUUCGCGUUCUAUAUUCUUCCUCUA